ACAAAGAUCCUUAUGUGGAAAAAUUUGGUGAAGCAGUAAACGUUAUAAAUAGUAAGCAGGAGCUUAUUCACAUGCGGUACAUUUUAAAUGAAAGGAGAAUUAUAGAUGUGUACGUUGAGCAUGUCUAUGAUGAGCCAGACAUUUUGGAUUUGCUUGAAGAUGGCACUGUUCUGCAAGAACCAGUUGAUGAAGGUAUAAUGGACAUUGGGGAAGGUUGUGCGACACAAAAUUCACAACCAGCCCCAAAUUUUCAUGAAGCUCCAGAAACAGCAGCUAAAGGUGAUGUUGAUGAAACAGACGCAAUGCAUGGAGAUGAUGAGGAUAGUGGGGAAGGUUGUGUGACACAAUAUUCACAACCAGCCCCAAAUUUUCAUGAAGCUCCAGAAACAACUGAAGGUGACGCUGAUGAAAUAGAUGUACUACAUGGAGGUGCUGCAACCCAAAAACAAGAUCAAGAGAAGAAUGAUCAUGAUGAUGAGGAUUUGCUUGAUAUUGUGCCUAGUGAUGCAGAUGAUGAGGAGGUGCUUGAAUCUAUUCGCAACAAAAGAAACAUAAAGCCAGUGCAAGUGCAAGAAAAAAUGCAGAUGGUGCUAGACCAAGCGGCACAGUCCAUGACUCCCCUACCACACUUUGAAAAUAGUGAAGAUGAAUUUGAGGUUUCUAGUGAUGAUUCAAGUGAGUACAAUGUUGCAAAUGAACAUGAACUUGAAGAAGAAGAAGAAGAAGAUGUAAGAACUACUAAAAGUAGUGAUUUAUGGUUUAAUCCUUCAUGGACUACUAUUUGGUUUGAGGUAGGGAUGAGGUUUGAGCAUGUAGCACAGUUUAAGGAGGCUAUAGCUACGUACCAAAUUCAAAAAGGCUGUAGGUUGAAACUUGUUGAAAGUGACCCCACCAGGCAGAGAAUUCACUGUGUUGAUCAACAGUGCAAUUGGAGUAUCUUUGCUAGUUUUGAUAAAAAUGACAAGACUUUUAAGGUGAAGACAUAUUGCAAGGAACACACUUGCUUUAGGAGUUUGAAGUCCGACAUGGUUGGGUUGAGGGUACUUGCAAAACACCAUAAGAAUAGAAUUUUUGCAGAUCUGCAGAUCAAAAUCAGUGAGGUAGUGAGAUUGUCUCAUUUAGAAUUAGGAAUUCAUGUUUCAAGGGAUAAGUGUAAACUAGCAAAGGAAAGGAUUAUAAAGGAGGUGAAGGAAACUCACACGAAGGAAUUUGCUCAGUUAAUAGGGUAUGUAGAAGAGCUGUUGAGAUUGUCCCCUCAAUCAAAUGUUCAAAUUGACAGUGAGCCACCCACAACUCCAGAGGGAAAACCUACGUUUAAAGGAAUUUAUGUGUGUCUAGAAAUAUGUAAGAAGGGUUUUCUACUGGGCUGUAGACCAGUAAUUGGAGUAGAUGCAUGUUUCCUCAAGGGGAUGUUUAAAGGAACUCUUUUGGCAGCUGUUGCAAGGGAUGGGAACAAUCCAAUGUCAAUGUAUGAAGGUCAAUUCAACAAAAACAUGGAGGAGAUCAGAAAUUUAACCGUGGAAGGUCAUGAUGCCUUAAAAUCAAUCCCACCAGAGUUGUGGUGCAAGGCAUUCUUUGACACAUCAUGUAAAUAUGAUGUGGUGGAUAACAACAUGAAUGAGACCUUCAACAAUUGGAUAAUGGAUGCCAGAAAGGUGAAGGUGGGACAGCUAGAAAAGAUGACAAAGGAAGGUGGACAAAUCACGUGGUCACUUUGCAAGCAACCUGGACACAACAAGAGGGGAUGCCCCAAAAGGCUAACUGAAAGUGAAUCUGGUCAAUCUGAUGGACUAGGAAGGAAGAAGAAGCACAGAUUUGGUGAAUACAUUAAUUCACCAGAAUUGAACCCUCAAGGUCUGCAAGGGGAGACUACUAUGAGACAUACCCAUCCUAGCCAAUUUCAUAAGGCACAGCCACCUUAGAAAUCAGCCAAGAAGAAAGGAUCAAGUGAAGCUUGAGGAAUGGUUCUUCUUUUCUUUUUUUCUUUUUCUUUUUUUUUUUUUUUUUGGUUUGAUGCAUGGGAAUAAAGAACUUUGGUUUAA